AUGAACACGCUGGCCAAAGCCAAGGGCAGUAAGAUCGCGCUCACCCCGUCAUCGUUAGUCCUGCGCCCAGUGCACGCGAUGACGAUCACCGCAUUGUUGCCCGAGGACAUGCCCCCUCAGCGCUACCACAGCCAAAUCUACGAGCGCGUCGAGAAGCUGCUGUCACCAUUUUGGGCUUUCAACCUGAAACGCGUACAAAGCAGCGCCCUGCUCUCGAACCAACUGCAAUACGCCUUCGAUCUAUUUGACGAGGAAACGGCGAAUAAGGUGCUGAAGACGCUCGACAAUCAUUCGCAAAAAUUUUCCGGCUGCUCCUCUGCGUACAGCUUUAAAGUCAAUUUCAAGACACAGGACGCUGUGCAUCAUUUCAUCAAUCGGCUGAAAAUCGAU